AUGUGAUAUUUUAAGCUCUAAAAGAAGGAAUUGAACUCUCUCUCCAUAUCUCUCGUUCGUGCUUUCAACUUCCAAAAUAAACCGUAGAAAACCCAAGAAUCGACGCCAAAGUCCUCAAAAACUCAUCUGCAGCAACUCAGCAACGCCAGAGACAGCUGCCACGAUAUUAUGUUCAUUUCCAAAUUCUCGAAGCUCGGAGCUCUGGUGAUCAAAGGUUUAGCUAAAGCAGGUCCAUUGACAUCUAGACCAAGAACGUCAUAUUUUCAUAUCUUGCGUGAUCGCUCUCUGCAGCCCCUGAGGCAUGGUCGUUUUUUUACCACGGCUUCUGAUAAAGCUCAAGAAGACGGGAAUGAAGAAAAGCAAAAAAUAUCCGUGACUUUUGUUGACAAAGAUGGCGAAGAGAAGCAUAUUAAGGUCCCCAUUGGAAUGUCUAUGUUGGAGGCUGCUCAUGAGAAUGAUAUAGAACUUGAAGGAGCAUGUGAAGGAUCCCUUGCUUGUUCUACUUGUCAUGUGAUUGUGAUGGAUAUGGGGUACUACAAUAAACUAGAUGAUCCAACUGAUGAAGAGAAUGACAUGCUAGAUCUUGCUUUUGGCCUUACAGAGACGUCUCGUCUAGGUUGUCAAGUUAUCGCACAACCCGAACUUGAUGGAGUUCGAUUAGCACUGCCUCCGGCUACACGAAACUUUGCUGUCGAUGGGUAUAAGCCAAAACCACAUUAGAAGUCCUGGAUAGAAAAAUAGGCUGGAAAGAAGAUUUUGAGUGUAAAGGACAGGCUCUUGCCAGUUUUGUAGCAUCUCCAUCUUAGAGAAUUGAAGGGUCUUGGACCCUGUAGUAGCGAGUAUACGCUACUGAUAAUUCCUUGGUACAUUGUUCACUUCAUAUUUAUUUUUUCCCCAAAUUCGAUACUGCCAUGUAUGUCAUAGGCAUAUUGACCUCAUAGAAACAGGCAGCUUUGCUCGAGUGGCUGACUCAUUUUAUUGGUCGGUUUCUGGUGACAGCUAUUGGUAAUGGUGCGCGGUUCUGUUUCAAUACGCGGUUUGGUCUAAUAAGAAGAGUACACCUUGAUUUUCCUUGGUACUGCUGGAACAUUUUAGUUCAAAGUUGAUGCACAAAACUUGUUAGCUCUUUUAACUUAGCCCUCAUCAGGAAGUACAACCCACUUGUUGAUUCUUAGUGGUCCAAAUUCAUAUGAUAUGGUUUACAGUUUUGUUUUGUGGGUA